GGAGCGGGGCCCUCCCCAAACCGCUGAGCAGCCGGCGGGAGCUCGUAGCUGACUGAAGCGUCUCCGCGGCAUUUUGCGGGCCGGUCGCCGCGUUCUGUGGAGUUCCUCUUGGGAGUCCUUCUUCCUUUUCUCUGUCUUCUGCUUUUUAAGUUGUCCCUAGCAUCAGGGACGCGCGUUUUUCCUUUCCUGUGCUUCUAAGCUUUAAACACUCGCACCUUUGUCCUCGCUGGGGUGUAGCGGGGGGCUGCAGUUGUUCGGGGUGGAUUUUGGACGCCUCGCUACUGUCGGUGAUCCGUUGUAAAUGUGGAUCUUAACUUGGGAGUCUGACGGAGGACCUGGAGAACAGGCUCAAGGCAGGGGUGCGAAGCUCGUGGGUCAUAUUUAAAGUGCUGUUAAAACGUACCCUUGAGGUGUGUCGGGGGCACGGUGUGCCCCCAGUGAAGUACAGGGCUACAGAGCGGGUGGGGAUUUUAAACCUAUCAAAACAGCAUUUUCUCCACUCUAAUAAGCUAGUGCUUAAAAUGUUUUCUAUUUGUUAAUUUCUAAAGUGCUAACAGAGAGAUGAAGUAAGGUUAUGUGGCAGUUAAAAGAGCAGCUCUGAAGGGCAGUGUAAGGAUGUCUGGUCGCAGAUGUUGCUGUCAUCUGGGUGUUGCUGCAUCUGCACGUGGAUUCCAUCGCGCGGUUCGUGUAAGGACUGACCUGGCUGAGCGGGAGUGUUGCUCUGUUCUGCUGUCAGACCUCUUGUGCGCUGCUGGCCCUAACGCUUCCUUGAAAUAAUACAGCUGCAGAACCUGCAGCUUGAGCUAGCACAGAUCCUGCUUUCUUGAGUCAUGUUUGACAGUAAAAAGUUGUCACCUCAGUAGUCAUCUUUGGUGUGAAAGGAAAAUGCAUAAAACACAGCUAACGCCUACAUAACAAUUGGCCAUUUUGUGGUUUAACUUUGAAUUUUUAUAUGCUUGUCAUAGAAUGACCUUAAAAAGUUGUGGUUUAUUCACUAUAUGACAACUCCAACUGGAUGGUUUUGCAUGAAUCUGUCUUUAUUUCUUCUUUGUUUUGUAGUGCCCUAAGCAUGGCAAUGUCCCUGAAAAGAAUGAAAUUUAAAACUCAUUUUGUAUUGGUAUUUCUUUCAUGCCUUCUGUUUUCCAAGUUGAACUCCAAUGUUGGAACUAACAAUAGGGCAAAUCCUGUCUCAUGUCAGCAAAAAAAUCAGUCCAACAGAAUCUUUCUCUGGCAAAUGCUCUUCCUGUGUUUAAGCAGCUAAUCCUCACUUUGGGGAAUAUCUAGGCAGCCUUUUUGAGCUCCAUUGUGCAGGACUCUCGUGCAACUCUUGCAGCGACGGAGAAUUUUCAGCUUCUGCAGGUUAGGCUUCAUGAAAGUGCCUCCUGCAGCAGGGUUGAGAGCUGAGGACCAUCGGCCAUUUUGGGAUGAGCUGUUGUCCCACCCUCCUUCCUUAUGCAGGUGCAGCUCUUUUGUAGUUUGAGGUCAUCCUGCAAGCUGAAGCCAGGCUCUUGUUUUGUGGUAACCAGUGAGGGGGUGAUGGGCAAUGGACUCAAACUGGAAGUCAGGAAAUUGCACUUAAACGUAAGGAAAACUAUUUUUACUCUGAGACUGAACAUGGGCGCAGGCUGCCCAGAGAGGCCGUAGGUCUCCAUCCUUGGGAAUACUCGUCUCCUGGCCGGGCAGGGCCCCACAGCCUGGUGUUGCUGGCCCUGCCGGAGCAGGGGAAGGGUGGGGGUCCAGGGGUGCCCCCGCCUAGGCCCCUCUGCCAUGCACCUCGUUUGGCUUUGUCCCGCCCUGCCCCGCUGCCCUCGGCAGCGCUUCUGCUCCCUUCUUUGCACUGGCACCCAUGCUCCCGUAGCAGAGGGACAAACCGGUCCGUAGACCGACCCCAUCGGGAAGGCUGCACAGGAACGGCCUUGCUGGUUGAAGCGGGGACCAGAUCACAUGGCUGUGGGUCUGGGGAGGCUGGAAGCGGCAGCAGUUGUCCCACUUCAGUCCUCAGCUCCGGAGAAGUGCUGGCUGGUUGCUGUUGCGUCUGCGGAGUUGUACGGCAAACUGGCGCCUCAGUUGCCUGCGGGUUGUGUGUCAGAGCUGGUGCUGGAGCCGAUAGCUCAGCUCAGCUCUGCCCCUGUCCUGUGUUUUAAUCCUGCGGCCACUUUGGAUGAAACCAGGUGUCUCGGCACCUGUUACAUUCUGAAUUUCCUUUACAACCCUCUCUCCCCUUUACUCUAAAAUGCAAGCAGGGGAAAAGUGUGUGCAGGUCUGAACAUUCACAAAUUAGAAAAAGCUUUUGCUUUGGAUGAUUUUCCGAGUUUGAAACGAGUAGUUCUUUGUUUACUCUUCCAGUGAGAGGAUCCGAAGGGCUUUAUAUGGUGAAUGGGCCACCUAGUUUCACAGAGAGCACAGCAUUUCAAAGGGACUCUGGAAAAAAUUGCAAAGCUGUUGCUUUUAGCAAGGAUGGUUCCCUCUUUGCCUGGUGCAAUGGAGAAAAAGUAAAUAUUGUUAAUGUCACCAAUGCUCAGUUACUGCGUUCCUUUGAUCUUCCAAAGGCAGUUUGCCUUGAAUUUUCACCAAAGAAUAAUAUUCUGGCAACAUGGCAGGCCUAUACAGCUGCUAAAGAUGGCACAGCGGGGGUGCCCAACCUACAACUUCAUGAUGUGAAAACUGGAAAAUGUUUAAAAUCUUUCAUCCAGAAGAAGAUGCAGAACUGGUGUCCUUGCUGGGCAGAUGACGAAAGCAUUUGUGCCAGGAAUGUAAACAAUGAAGUGCACUUCUUUGAAAACAACAACUUUGCUACUAUUGCAAAUAAACUGCAUUUGCAGAAGGUUAAUGAUUUUGUGUUAUCUCCAGGAGCACAGCCAACCAAGGUGGCUGUGUAUGUUCCAGGCAGUAAAGGCGCACCGUCAUUUGUUAGACUCUAUCAGUAUCCCAACUUUGGUGGCCCUCAGUCUGCACUAGCCAAUAAAAGUUUCUUUAAAGCUGACAAGGUGACAAUGCUAUGGAACAAAAAAGCCACUGCUGUGCUAGUAAUAGCUAGUACAGAAGUUGAUAAAACGGGUGCUUCGUACUACGGAGAGCAAACUCUGCACUACAUUGCAACAAAUGGAGAAAGUGCGGUCGUACAAUUGCCAAAAAAUGGUCCUAUUUAUGAUGUUGUUUGGAACCCCAAUUCUGUUGAGUUCUGUGCUGUCUAUGGUUUUAUGCCUGCCAAAGCAACAAUUUUUAAUCUGAAAUGUGACCCCGUGUUUGAUUUUGGAACCGGGCCUCGCAAUGCUGCCUACUACAGCCCCCAUGGACACAUCCUAGUGCUAGCAGGAUUUGGAAAUCUCAGGGGACAGAUGGAAGUGUGGGACGUUAAAAACUACAAACUUAUUUCCAAACCAGUAGCCUCGGAUUCCACAUACUUUGCUUGGUGUCCUGACGGGGAGCAUAUUGUAACAGCCACGUGUGCUCCCAGGCUGCGAGUCAGUAAUGGUUACAAGAUAUGGCACUACACUGGCUCUUUGUUACACAACUAUGAAGUUCCAUCAAAUGAAGAAAUGUGGCAAGUUUCCUGGCAGCCCUUCUUGGAUGGAGUGUUCCCAGCGAAAGCAGUAAAAUACCAGGCAGUUCCAAGUGAAUUGCCCAGUGCUGAGCCAAAGCCUGCUCAAGCGUAUAGACCUCCAGCCCUGAGAAACAAACCUGUAACAAGUUCCAAGCUUCAUGAGGAUGAGCCACCUCAGAAUAUGAAACCGCAGUCAGGAAGCGGUGAUAAGCCACUCUCUAAAACAGCUCUCAAAAAUCAAAGGAAGCAUGAAGCAAAGAAAGCUGCUAAACAGGAGGCCAAAGCUGAAGCAAACCAGGAAUCUACACAGUCCUCAGCAUCACAGAAUGCACCACGGAGUGCUGUGCCUACCUUUACAUCAGGAGAUCCUGAAGUUGACAAGAAGAUAAAGAAUUUAAAAAAGAAACUAAAAGCAAUUGAGCAGCUGAAGGAACAAGCAGCUGCUGGCAAACAGCUAGAGAAAAAUCAGUUGGAGAAGAUUCAGAAAGAAACUGCUCUCCUUCAGGAACUGGAAGACCUAGAACUGGGUCUUUAAACACUUCACGGAAGUCCAGUGCGACGUUAACACAAAGUUCAUGAAAAAUAUAAUUUGUUAUUAACUUGAACAUAAUAAAAUGUUUCAGCAAAUUACCGAGGAUGCAAAAGUCCAGGGAUUUGCUGCACACUUGCCUUUUAAAGAGCUUUCCUGAAGAUCUGUGCACAUGUGGAACUGUAGGCAAGUAACGAGUAUCACGUCAGCCAGUUCUGCUGCUGAUCAAACCAGAAAUGUGCUGACGUAAGCAUAUUGCCUAAAAACCAGCAGCAGCCUGUUGGUCUAUCUCUUUUGUGUUUGGGUGUGAGGAAGGAAGGCGAUGAGGUUUACCUGCUUGAUAGCUUUAUUGUAUUUAAAAAGACAGGUGAUCUAUAUGCAAUACUGGGCUGUAGAUAAAAAUAAAGAGCAUUUAAUAAGAAGUACUUCCCUUCUGUGGUCAUACGGGCAGAGCUUCUUGAAAUAACGAGGCCGUGCUG